AUGACUGCAAGCCGUGAUGACAGUGCCAAAGAUGGCAGCCCUUUUGCUGCGAUCAAUACGCCAGUUACUUUUGCCAAUGCCAAAUACCGAUCGACUGGCCCGGCGCUGCAGCUAGAAGAGCAUACUGCAACUGCGGCUGCGACUCCCACUACUUCUACUUCUUCUGCUUUCACUGCUUCUACUAGACCUGCUGCCACUUUUUCGGCUGCAACCAGCGCAACUCAUGCUCAUGCUAGCUAUGGGUGCUGCCCUGGACCUCAGUUUCACGCGAGCUGCCACGGCACUGGACCAUACGUUGGCGUUAUCCCAACUCCCGCCUGCCAAAACGCUCCAGGAUUCCCUGGCCGUUGUGUCUGCUACUCUGGAGAUAUGUCUGACCCUGUUACACCUGAGCCUUAUCAGCUCGAGGUUUUUGAACUAAAGAAGUCGAUGGGUGUUUCUGCUGUACAACGUACUAACAUAUCGCUCACAGCGCCUGGCUCCGCAAAGCUGAUGUACCAGGUCCCAUAUCUUGUUGAGGAAGACUGCAAGUUCUGGUUCCACGCGCCCAAUGGUGAUUAUAUGCACCUCACUAUCAAGCAAAUUGCUGAGAAGCAGUGUGCCGGCCACUGGGCGAACACUUGUACUGGCCAGCCUUACUACCAGUGUACACCUAAGGACAGGAUCCGAUAUCACGCUCAGGAUUUCAAUGCAGUCUUUCAGAGAAGUGGGCUCAGCCACAUCGAGUUCCACAAGCGCUACCAGCCUUUUUGA